AUGGCGAAAGUCAGCGCAUCUGCUGCCAGCAGCAAAAAGACGGGUGGCACGAAGCGCAAGCGCCUUACUGACGAGGACACUGACAGCAAUCAAGCUAUCACUGCCGUAUUCAAGAAGGUCAAGAAGGAAGAAUACGAUGACGCUAUCAGGAAAGAACUCUCACAACAAAUCUCAAGUCAAUCAUCAAUGGCUGGUCCCUCAACUCAAAGUCAGUCUGCGAAGAGCCAACUCAGCCCGCCAACAUCACCCGCCAGAACUCCAGCCACAACUAAGAAAAUCAGGAGUCCGUUGUCAGGCUUUCGCGAUCGAGCAAUAGCCAACACAGAGGCCAGACUCCGCGCAGCUUAUAACCAUUCUGAGAACAUCGAGAACAUGAGUGGAGAGACCAAGCCCCGGGAGCUCAUCACAUAUAUGGUACGCAUGUCACUAGACCAUGUCCAGCGAAGUUCCUACAGCCUGAACGGCGUCAUAAGAGCAGUGGCUAUGGAGCAUCACGCAGUCGAUGCCGAAGCAGUCGGAGAAGCCUGGAGGCGUGCACAACGCGGCGAAGCCUUUCCUCGAAAACUGCUUGCAUACGAGGCCACCUCAAGCACGACACGACUGGCGCCCGAGCCUUGGGAAACGGACUCUGAGGCCAUACAGCUUCUCGAUCAAGAUAUUGAGGCUAUAGGUUUGCGGCAAUUGCAGCAAAUUCUACAGUGGUCCUACAAGCUGGCUCGUCGAGUCAGUCAGGAGAUCACCUUCGACCCAUACUUCUCGCUACUCAUUCACGUCAUGCGACAUCUAUCUUACCACAAGUUUUCUUUGCCGGGGAUGAUGCUAGCCAUGGCUCGGGAGCUCAGAGGGGAGUCAAUGGAUGUCGUCGAAGAUGCUUGGGCGAAGGCUCGUGUGGCUGACGAGUAA